AUGAUACAUGGAUAUGAGUUUGUUAAGAACAAUUCUUUCUUGGUUUGUGGUGAUUAAAUAGUAACAAAAGAAGAAGAUUGUGAUUUAUAAUUGGAUGGUUUUUUCCAAUAGAUGUAUUUUUGUUCAGAAAAUUGCUAUGAUUGUUCUCAGGUAAUGUAAAUUAGCUUAAAACUCAUUAAAAACAGUUUUUAUCUUAUUUUAAAAAUUUAUCCAAAAAUUUCUAUUAAUAUUAUGUUUAGAAUGCAAUUAUUAAUACUAAUUCUAAUUUUGAAUUAAUUCAAAGAAUAAUUUAAUUAUGAAGAUGGGUUGAUUUAAGGAGGAAUGUUGAAGCAAAAGGAUGUAAGAAUUGUUUAAUUGAAUAAAAUUGGGUUGAACCACAAUAAGAAAUGAUUCUCCUAGUUAAUGCAUAUUUGUCAAAGCUCCAAGCUAAAUUAUUAAUUAUCUAAAUAUGACUUAAAAUAGAUAAUAUUUAAGCGUCAUAUUUUAUUUAAUAAGUAAAAAUAUAAAAAUUAACCCUUAUCAGAAACCAUAAAAAUUUGAAUUAUCAGAUUUAAAUGCAACUUGUAAAUUAUAUAGGAUGAUGGAUCAUACCUAAGCUUUGGAGAAUAUAUUCUCUAAAUAGAAAUUCUCUAAUUAGUAAAUCUUAGGCCAAUUUUUAAAAUUGUAGUAAAUCAGAAAGUUUCUAUUGAUAAAUCGAAAUAUACUUCCUAAUUAUAUUACAUUUUAGUCUUAAAAUGAAUUUAGUUUAGUUUAAUGA